UCUGAAGAAAGCAGCAGUGACUCUGAUAGUGACGAUUCUGAUGAUGAGAAAGACAAUAAGAAGGAAGAAGCCAAAUCUGAAGAAAGUAGCAGCUCAUCGUCCGACUCAUCCGACAGCAGUGAUGAUAGUGAAAGUAGUGACAGCAGUGAUAGUGAUUCUUCUGAUGACGAAGACGACAAGAAGGAAGAUGCCAUGGAUGUGGAUGACAAUAAAAAGGAAAAAUCAGACGAUUCCUCUUCUGAUUCCGACAGCGAUUCCUCUGAUAGUAGCGAUGAUGAUUCCUCAAGUGAUUCCUCCGAUGAAGAAGAAACUGAAACCGUGAUCAAGAGAAAAGCUGAAGAAACCACCGCAAGCGUUGUUCCUGAAGCAAAAAAGCAAAAAACUAGCAAUGGAAAACGACAACCUGGUACACCUUUUCAACGAGUUCGACCUGAAGAAGUAACUUUUCAUGAUGAUCGAUUACGUGACAACACAUAUGUAUCCAAGGGUGGAUCAGACGAAAUGUCUUAUGGAUGGAAAGCACAUCAAGAUUUGAUCAAGACUCGUGGAGAUCGAUUCCGGGCAGAAAAGAAUAAGAAGAAACGAGGAUCUUACCGUGGUGGACAAAUCUCUUUGGAAAGCCAUAGUAUCAAGUUUGCUGAAGACUAGUGUAGCUCUUUUAUAUAUAUUAUUAUUAUUAUUUUUUAUUUUUAUUUUAUCAAUAUUAGACUUUUUAUCAUUUUUUUUUUUUUUAGUAAACUGACUUUAUGCAUUUCAUUA